AUGGCAAAAGGCGACCCUGUAGGAGGCCACAUCCUGAAUUACCUGCUAGAGAAGUCCCGCGUGGUGCACCAGGAGCACGGUGAGAGGAACUUCCACGUGUUCUACCAGCUGUUAGCAGGCGCACCUGACGACCUGCUGGCCAAGCUCAACCUCGUCCGAGACCCUGGCAACUACUUUUACCUCAAGCAGCUGAUUGGUUGUGAACCAGCACGAUUGUUGAAGGCCUUGACCCACCGAACCAUUGAGGCACGAGGAGAUGUGGUCACGUCACCUCUCAAUCCAGACCAGGCUGGAUAUGCCCGUGAUGCCCUAGCCAAGUCAGUGUACGAGAGGAUCUUCAACUGGCUCGUUGGAAGACUGAACCUGUCUCUGACAUCCAAUGAAAUCGGCAGGAAGACUCUGCUUGGUAUCCUAGAUAUCUAUGGGUUUGAGAUUUUUGACCGAAAUGGCUUUGAGCAGUUCUGCAUCAACUACUGUAACGAGAAACUACAACAGGUGUUCAUUGAGCUCACCCUCAAGAGUGAGCAGGAGGAGUACAAGCGCGAAGGCAUUGAAUGGGAACCAGUCAAGUUCUUUGAUAACAAGAUCAUCUGUGACCUGGUUGAGGAGAAGCAUAAGGGUAUCAUCUCCCUGUUGGACGAGGAGUGUCUGCGGCCAGGUGAUGCUAAUGACCUCACCUUCCUUAGCAAGAUGGACUCUCACCUGUCCAAACAUGACCACUACUUCAGCUACGAAACUGCCAAGAACAGCAAGGUGAAGAAAACCAUCAACAAAGAUGAGUUCCGCCUCCGCCACUAUGCAGGUGAGGUGGCCUACCGCGUCCAGGGCUUCCUAGACAAGAACAAUGAUCUCCUCUUCCGCGACCUCAAGGACACCAUGUCACAGGCCUCUAACAUCAUUGCAAAGUCUGUCUUUCCAAGGGAGGAGGUGCUGAACAAGAGAAGACCCGAGACAGCUGCCACACAGUUCAAGCAGAGUUUGGGCAACCUCAUGGAAAUCCUCAUGAUCAAAGAGCCUUCAUACAUCCGCUGCAUUAAGCCUAAUGAUGAGAAGCGUUCCUGCAGCUUCAACAUUGAGAGAGUGAGCCACCAAGUCAAGUAUCUCGGACUGAUGGAAAAUCUGAGGGUCCGAAGAGCCGGCUUCGCCUACCGCCGUCUCUAUGAGAUCUUCUUGGCACGCUACAAGUCCCUCUGCCCAGCUACCUGGCCCAAGUACCCAGGCCCUGCCAAGGAUGGAGUCAAGGCCAUUGUGGACCACCUGGGAUACCACCCAGAAGACUAUCGCAUGGGAGAAACGAAGCUCUUCAUCAGACUGCCAAAGACCCUGUUCUUCACAGAGGACCGCUUCCAGAUGCGUAAGGCAGAGCUGGCCACAAUGAUUCAGGCCAAGUGGAAGGCUUUCAUGUACCAGCGCAGGUACCAGAAGAUGCGUGAUUCCGUGACCAGGAUAGCCAAGCACUGGAGAAGGAUUAAGGCCCAGAGACUGCUUGCCAGGAGGAAGUGGGCAGUGGGAGUUGUGCGUGCCUUCAUCAAGGGCUUCAUCACAAGAAAUGAACCUGUGAACCCUAUCAAUGAAAGGUUCCAACAGCUCGUGAAGUGUGAGUUCCUACUGAGGUUGUCCAAGAGCCUCCCAAGCAACCUCCUCGACACCAAGUGGCCCCCAUCCCCAGCUCCCUGCAAUGAGGCCUCAAACAUCCUGCAUGGUAUGUACCGCACUUACAUGGCCAGAAGAUAUGUGAAGGCACUAACCUCAGAAAAGAGGUCCAUGUUUGAAGAGAAGGUUCUGGCUGAACAGCUGUUCAAGGGUCAGAAAACUAGCUACAUGGACAUUCUUCCUCACUGGUUCAUGACCUCAAGGCUCACUCCAGAGGAUGAGAGUCUGAGAAAAACAGCCUUCGAAGACAUCAUCAAGACCCCAGGAGAAAAAACAAAGUACUGCAUCCCAUGCACCAAGUAUGACCGCCACGGCUACAAGCCUCGGGACCGCCUACUGAUCCUAACUUCUGGGGCCUUGUAUCUCUUGGAGGCCAAGGAAAAUAAGCUGAAACAGAAGCACAGAUUCUCCCUGAAGGAGGUCCAGGGGCUCCAUGUUUCUCCCAACACAGACAACUUUCUCCUGGUUCAGAUCCCAGUAGAAAAUGCCAAAAAAGACAAGGGUGACCUCAUCCUCAAUGUUCCAAAUGUCAUUGAGGCUGUGACAAAGAUGAUUUCGAUCAGUGACAACGCAGAAGUCUUGAAGAUUGCUGAGACAGAGACUAUUGGACACACCAUGAAGAAUGGCAAGCAAGGCACAAUUCUUCUGGGGAAAGGCAGCAGCAUCACCACUAUAGACAAGAACAAGGAAGGCAAGCUGGCAGUGAUUGCUGGCCACUAAGAUGAAGGAUGCCUUUACCAUGAAUGCCAUAGUCCUGUAAUUGUAGCAUGGACAGACCUACAUCAUGAAGUCAUUCAUUCACAACCCCCCACCCCCCUGCAGAAAAGAGAGAGAAAGAGAGUGAUAGGUGUACAUGCAAAGAAACAUUAUAUUGACCAUGGUAGCCAUGUGGUUACUUAAGAGUGUGAGAGAGAUUUUCAUGUAGUCAUUUGGAUACACACUAUUAUAUAUAUCAUUCUGUAAGCUAACUAAAAAGAUUUGAAGUACUUCAUAUCUAUCAUUA